AUGAUUGGUGGAAUAUCAGGGAUAACAGCACAAUUAUUGACACAUCCGACUGAUGUUGUGAAACUUCGUAUGCAAAUGACGAACGGCAGUUUCAUAAAUACUAUACGUGAAAUUCUUGAAAUGAAAGAUCCUCGUAGGUUUUACGAUGGAUUAAGUGCAGCCCUUUUUCGUCAGAUAACUUAUACUAUGACCAAAAUGGGAAUUUAUACGUCAAUGUUGGAAUUUUGGAUAAAUCAUUUUGGACGUCCUGAUUAUGCUGGUAUGAUUAGCAUUGGAAUGUUCUCUGGCGUCGUUGGUGCUUUUGUUGGGACACCUGCUGACGUUGUACUUGUACGAAUGGUAGGCGAUAUUAAAUUACCACCAGAAAAACGAAGAAAUUAUAAAAAUGUCAUAAGUGCUCUUGUUGAUAUAUGUCAAAAGGAAGGAAUUACAACAUUAUGGAGAGGUGCUGCACCUUCUAUUGGAAGAGCAGCUAUUGUCAGUGGUGUACAAUUGGGCACAUACAGUCGAUUGAAAUACGCGUUAAUAGAUACUGGUUAUUUCGUAGAUAAUUCAUGGACGCAAUUUCUAGCAGCUAUUUUUUCCGGUUUUGUUGCGACUCUUACAUCUUUACCGUUAGACUUAGCGAAAACAAAAAUACAAAAUUGGGUGGGACCAAUGAAGCCCCCAGGCAUGAUCAAAAUAAUGAAGCAAACCAGUAAUCGAAAUGGCUUUUUAUCAUUGUGGCGAGGAUUUUUAGCUUACUAUACAAAGGCUUGUCCUACGGCAAUAAUUACUAUGCUAUUAGUUGAUCAAUUACAAGCAUUAUAUAUUCGUAUUUUUACUUGAAUUUUUAAUUAUAAAACACGUUGCAUUUAUGUAUAUUAUCACGC